AUGUGCAGUCUGUUUACUUCCUCUCCCUCCCCAGCCCCUGCCGAGGUUGCAUCCAUACCAUCCUCAGAAACAGAGACCCCUGAAGCAGCACCUGCCUAUGACCAAGUAGACAUGGCCACCGAGCCCACAGGGCUCCCGUGUCCUCCGAAGCAGAAGUCCUGGCUAGCGCGGCAUCUCUCCCUGAUGCUGAGGAGAGACCGUCAGGCGCAGAAGGCCGGGCAGCUCUUCUCAGGGCUCCUGGCCCUCAAUGUGGUAUUCCUGGGUGGAGCAUUCAUCUGUAGCAUGAUCUUCAACAAUGUGGCUGUCACUCUGGGUGAUGUGUGGAUCCUGCUGGCUGCGCUGAAGGUCCUGUCCCUGUUGUGGCUCCUGUACUACACAGUGGGCACCACACGGAAGCCCCACGCAGUGCUGUACCGUGACCCUCAUGCAGGACCCAUUUGGGUGAGAUGCUCCCUGGUGCUCUUCGGCAGCUGUACCAUCUGCCUGAAUGUGUUUCGCAUGGGCUACGAUGUGAGCCACAUUCACUGCAAGUCAGAAGUGGAACUCAUCUUUCCGGUCAUCGAGAUCAUCUUCAUGAGUGUCCAGACGUGGGUACUCUGGAGACACUGCAAAGACUGUGUUCAGGUGCAGACCAACUUCACCAGGUGUGGCCUCAUGCUGACCCUGGCCACAAACCUGCUGCUGUGGGUUUUGGCUGUGACCAAUGACUCCAUGCACCGUGAGAUUGAGGCUGAGCUCGACGCCCUCAUGGAAAAGUUCUCAGGUAACGACACCAACACUUGCAUGUGCCUCAACGCCACAGUGUGCGAGGUCUUCCGGAAGGGCUACUUGAUGCUCUACCCCUUCAGCACUGAGUACUGCCUCAUCUGCUGUGCGGUGCUCUUCGUCAUGUGGAAGAACGUGGGCCGCCAUCUGACCAGCCACUCGGGUGCCCAUCCCAACAGACCACCCUUCCGCCUGCAUGGGGCCAUCUUUGGUCCACUGCUGGGCGUUUUGGCACUGGUGGCUGGUGUGUGCGUCUUUGUGCUCUUCCAGAUCGAGGCAAGUGGCCCUGACAUAGCCCGCCAGUACUUCACUCUCUACUACGCAUUCUACGUGGUUGUGCUGCCCGCCAUGAGCCUGGCGUGCCUGGCAGGCACGGCCAUGCAUGGGCUGGAGGAGCGAGAACUGGACACACUCAAGAACCCCACCCGAAGCCUGGAUGUGGUGCUGUUGAUGGGCGCCGCACUGGGCCAGAUGGGCAUUGCCUACUUCUCCAUCGUGGCUAUCGUGGCCACCCAGCCACAUGAGCUGCUCAACCAGCUCAUCCUGGCCUACUCACUGCUGCUUAUCCUGCAGCAUAUCACCCAGAACCUCUUCAUCAUCGAGGGCCUGCACCGCCGCCCCCUCUGGGAGCCUGUGCUCCCAGAUGCGAUGGGGAAGCAGGAUGCUGAGCUGCCCAGAAGAGGCUCCCUGCGGGAGCUGGGCCAGGACCUACGGAGAGCCUCGAGGGCCUACAUCCACUCCUAUAGCCACCUCAACUGGAAACGAAGGAUGCUGAAGGAGAUUUCCCUCUUCCUCAUCCUCUGUAACAUCACGCUGUGGAUGAUGCCUGCAUUCGGCAUACACCCUGAGUUUGAGAAUGGGCUGGAAAAGGAAUUUUACGGCUACAGGACCUGGUUCACCAUUGUCAACUUCGGCCUGCCUCUGGGGGUCUUCUAUCGCAUGCACUCUGUUGGGGGACUGGUAGAAGUCUACCUGGGAGCCUGAGUGCCCAAUGAAACCAACCACAGCAGGAA